AUUGUGCAAAAUUGACGUAAACGAAUAGAACUUCGCAGCUUAACGUCAAACAUCUAAUUUUAAAAAUGACUAAUUACUCGGAAUUUUUAAAGAAAGUUUUUAGCGACAUUGGUCAGCGUUCAGCAUACUCGCAAAUGCUAAUUGGAGUCACUUCGGGAUGGGCCACAGGAUUCACAACAAUGAAGAUAGGCAAAUUUGCUGCUUUUGCCGUUGGCGGCAGCAUUAUCUUGUUGGAAAUUGCACACCAAGAGGGUCUUAUAAAAAUAAAUUGGACAAAGCUGGAUAAGAGCGUUGACAGACUUGCUGAUAAAGUAGAAUCUUCGCUAGGUCGUGAGAAAAAUUGGAAAGAUAAGACCGAAAGAUAUGUCGACAACCAAUUGGAUAGGGCGGAAAGCCUGCUAACCAGGAACGGCAAAAAAGUUGCAAAGUGGUAUACCAAACUAAUCGGAGAUGAAGAGGGACCGAAAGUAAAUGAUCUGCACAUAUUUUUGGCAUCAUUUUUCGGCGGCGUUGCCCUAGGUAUUGCAAGUGGAUAAUUUAGUAGUGAAUGGCACAGAAACAUUUAAAUACCAUAUGGUUAUUAUACGAACAAAUCUCACUAAAUAAACAUAAAAAACUAAUAUAAAUUAGA